AUGCAGAUCUUCGUGAAGACCCUCACCGGCAAGACCAUCACCCUCGAGGUCGAGUCGAGCGACACCAUCGAGAACGUGAAGCAGAAGAUUCAGGACAAGGAAGGCAUCCCUCCCGACCAGCAGCGUCUUAUCUUCGCCGGAAAGCAGCUCGAGGACGGCCGCACGCUCGCCGACUACAACAUCCAGAAGGAGUCCACGCUCCACCUCAUCUUUGUCAAGACCCUUACCGGCAAGACGAUUACUCUCGAGGUCGAGUCGAGCGAUACCAUCGAGAACGUGAAGCAGAAGAUCCAGGACAAGGAGGGUAUCCCCCCUGACCAGCAGCGUCUCAUCUUCGCUGGCAAGCAGCUCGAAGACGGCCGUACGCUCGCCGACUACAACAUCCAGAAGGAGUCCACGCUCCACCUCGUCCUCCGCCUUCGUGGUGGUAUGCAGAUCUUCGUCAAGACGCUGACCGGUAAGACGAUCACCCUCGAGGUCGAGAGCUCGGACACGAUCGAGAAUGUGAAGCAGAAGAUCCAGGACAAGGAGGGCAUCCCUCCCGACCAGCAGCGCCUGAUCUUCGCCGGCAAGCAGCUCGAGGACGGCCGCACCCUCGCCGACUACAACAUCCAGAAGGAGUCCACCCUCCACCUCGUGCUCCGUCUCCGUGGCGGCAACUGA